GAAAUUUCUUCCUCACAGUCUGUCCUCUGCGUGCCCCACCAUCGCCUCUUUCCACCAGAACCUCCUCGAGAGGCGUCGUCCCCGGCCGGGAGUGGAAGUCCAUCCGCACCUGGGUUAAUGUCUUCUUCUUUUGUCCCUGUCCUGCCACUAUAAAGUAGGCUUAGCUGAUCAUCUGGUUCAAUAAAGAAGGGACUAAGGCUAUGCAUAAGCUGUAAAAGGACGAAAAGCAACAUCUAAGCUUCUCUUUCAAGGCCUAGUUUUGGAGCUCUUGCUGCUGCUGGGUACACUUGGCCAAGAUCAUGGCAAGCCUUGCUGAUUCUUUUCUAGCUGAUCUUGAUGAACUGUCAGACAAUGAAGCCUAUCCUGAAGAAGAUAAUGCUGAGGCAGCGGGUAUGGACGAGGAUGGCGAUGAUGAUAUGCCUGACCUCGAGUCUCUUAAUUAUGAUGAUCUUGAUAGUGUCUCAAAGCUGCAGAAGACACAACGCUAUAAUGACAUAAUGCAAAAAGUAGAAGAUGCACUUCAGAAAGGCACUGACUUCUCCAAUCAAGGUUCCAUCCUGGAGGAGGAUCCAGAGUACCAGCUUAUUGUUGAUUGCAAUGCUUUAUCAGUAGAUAUUGAGAAUGAGAUCAUCAUAAUCCAUAAUUUCAUACGUGACAAGUAUAGGUUGAAGUUUCCUGAACUGGAAUCUCUUGUUCAUCAUCCGAUCGAUUAUGCCCGUGUUGUCAAGAAGAUUGGAAAUGAGAUGGAUUUAACACUUGUAGAUCUGGAAGGGCUUUUACCUUCUGCAAUUAUAAUGGUUGUCUCAGUGACAGCAUCAACUACAAGUGGGAAGCCUCUUUCUGAGGAGAAUUUAGAAAAAACCAUAGGAGCAUGUGACAGAGCCCUUACUCUCGAUGCUGCAAAGAAGAAAGUGCUUGAUUUUGUAGAGAGCAGAAUGGGUUACAUUGCACCAAACCUUUCUGCAAUUGUUGGCAGUGCUGUUGCCUCGAAACUAAUGGGAACUGCUGGUGGUUUGGGAGCACUUGCAAAAAUGCCUGCUUGUAAUGUUCAGCUACUUGGCGCAAAGAAGAAAAAUCUUGCUGGAUUUUCUACUGCCACAUCUCAGUUUCGUGUUGGUUAUCUUGAACAAACUGAAGUAUUUCAGAGCACCCCUCCAGCUCUGAGGACUCGUGCUUGCAGACUUAUUGCUGCAAAAUCAACUCUGGCAGCAAGGAUUGAUUCAAUUAGAGGUGAUCCAACUGGAAAAGCUGGGCGGAACUUGUUAGAAGAAAUUCGUAAGAAGAUCGAGAAGUGGCAAGAACCACCUCCUGCAAAGCUUCCAAAGCCACUUCCUGUUCCGGACUCUGAGCCUAAAAAGAAAAGAGGGGGUCGUCGGCUUCGAAAAAUGAAAGAAAGAUAUGCACAGACGGAUAUGAUGAAGCUUGCAAACAGAAUGCAGUUUGGGAUUCCAGAGGAGAGCUCAUUAGGUGAUGGCUUGGGGGAAGGUUAUGGCAUGCUCGGACAGGCAGGAAAUGGCAAGCUACGUGUCUCAGCUGGACAAAGCAAACUUGCUGCUAAAGUGGCCAAAAAAUUCAAGGAGAAGAGCUAUGGUAGCAGCGGUGCAACUUCAGGACUGACGUCUAGUUUGGCAUUUACACCAGUUCAGGGAAUAGAGUUGUCAAAUCCGCAGGCCCAAGGAAACCUGCUUGGAGGUGGAACUCAAAGCACCUACUUUUCUGAGACCGGCACAUUUUCAAAGAUCAGAAGGACCCAAUAGAGACUGCUAUCUUCGACACAACCAUCACAUCGCAUCACAUUUGCCCCGCACAUUUUUUGUAAUCCUUUGGAUGCACUGACAAAAACCCAGCUUGUAAUGCUCUGAAUCUUGUUUUUGAACUGAACACAAACUCCAGAGAUACUUAUGAUAGCAUUACAGUGUUAUUAGCCAUGCUUCCAGUGGAUGUUUGCAACCUUAGCCGAGGUUGAACAUACAAGUUUAGUUGGGAGAUAUCUGAUGUUGGUUUUAUAUUA